UGUACUGCGUGUUUAAAUAGGUGAAAGUGAGCACUGCUUUUUAAACAAUAGUGUGUGGUGCACACAGCUCGCAGCCUCAUGAGGAGCUUGGACUCGGGACUGUGCAAAAUGGCAGCCACGUUCACGUAGAUGCAUGCUUUUUAAGCGAGAAACACACGAGGAGAGAAAAUGAGUCGUGCUUUAACGUUAAUUGGUUGUAUUUAUGCUCAUUUGUAAUGAUCAGGACAAUCUGCGAAUCCGUAGUAGAAUGCUGAUCCGUUUUGACUGGCACAAUGCCAAUUACAACCCGUCGUCAUAGCAACAAUAAGUGUGGGCAUUUUGGCUUUCACUCUCACCCAUAUCCCUGCGAUGAAUGAACCCAUUUCACGACUUGUGUGUGCUCUCUUCCAUAAUCGGCAAUGAGUUUAGACAGAAGCGAAAAGCGACGUUGGCAUAGUUAAUUUGAUAUGUCGGUUAUAAUUGUCGGGGAACAUGUUACAACAGCAGGUCCUCGAACUCACAUGGCAAUGCACCGAACAACAAGAAUCAAGAUAUCGGAGCUAAAUCCUCAUUUGAUGUGCGUUUUAUGUGGAGGAUACUUCAUUGACGCGACCACCAUUGUUGAAUGUUUGCAUUCAUUCUGCAAAAUGUGCAUUGUAAGGUAUCUGGAAACCAGCAAAUAUUGCCCUAUUUGUGAUGUCCAAGUCCAUAAAACAAAACCUCUCCUAAAUAUCAGGUCAGAUAAGACCCUUCAGGAUAUUGUAUACAAGUUGGUGCCUGGUCUGUUCAAAAAUGAAAUGAAACGAAGGCGGGAUUUUUAUGCCGAUCAUCCUUCAGUUGAUGCUACUAAUGGUUCUAAUGAGGACCGAGGAGAAGUGGCCGAUGAAGACAAGAGAAUCAUUGCUGAUGAUGAGAUCAUCAGCUUGUCCAUUGAGUUUUUUGAUCAGAACAAGUGUGAUGGUAAAGAUGGGGAAGAAAAAGAAACAACAAAAGAGGCUAAUGUUAAACGGUACUUACAGUGCCCAGCUGCUAUGACAGUGAUGCAUCUCAGAAAAUUUCUCAGAAGUAAAAUGGAUAUACCAUGCACCUUUCAGAUUGAGGUUAUGUAUGAAGAUGAACCUUUGAAAGAUUACUAUACACUUAUGGAUAUUGCUUAUAUCUACACAUGGAGAAGGAAUGGGCCCUUGCCAUUGAAGUAUAGAGUUCGGCCUGGCUGCAAAAAGAUGAAGUUAAGCAGCCCAAGGGAUGAUAUUACUGGUGGCAGAAGGCCUGAUAUCGAAAGUGACUCCAGCAGUGACAAACCAAACAGCCCAGCUGCUGCCGCCCCCUCCACAUCCUCCUCUCUGCCCAGCCCAAGCACUCCUGUCCAGUCUCCACAUCCCAACUUCCCACAUAUCUCCACAGUUAACGGAGUCUCUGCCAAAGUUGGCCCAAACGGCCAAGCUCAUUUCAGCAGCAAAGUCUGCAAAGCUUCUCUUAAUGGCUCCAACUCACUUGGGUGAAUUGCUAUAGAUGCCAAAGCCAUCAACCCCAUGCAAACAGAGCUGUGAUGUAGAUGCUUUCUUUAUAAACCACCUCUCAAUUUUUAUAUCAUUUUUAAAUAGCUAUAUUUGUUUUGUUGCUCUGUGUGUGCGCGUGCGUGCGUGCGCGUGCGUGCGUAAACUUUGUAACACAUCAUUGGUUGUGUUAUAUUUUGUACUGGCUUAACUAAUAUUGUGAAGAGAAGCCUAUUUGAGGGAAACUCAACAAGGUGAAUGUAUCUAGGUAUUUUUUUUUAUAAACUCUUGUCUUAUUUUUUUUUAUUAUUAUUAUUAUUUUAGAUUAGAACAACAAUGUAUGAAAAUAAUUUUCUUGUCCAUGAAGUCAACAAUAAAACUCAAGGCAUGCACAAUGUUUUGAUCAUCCCGGAAUUGUUCAUUAUAAUGGACUUUAUUCAGUUGAAAUGUCAAAACCCAAACAAUUUUUUUAUAACCGAUGUACAUAUAUCCCUGAAUAUCAAAUGUGAAAGACUGCAUUAAUGUAAUAUUAGGAAUGUUGUAUUUUAAGGGCAAAAAUGCUGCGACAGUAUUGUUCGGAUAAACCUAGGAAUUGUAAUUUCUUUUUUUUUUUUUUAUCUACCACGUGCUCGUCAAACAAUUUAGUAUUUGUUUCUCAAUAUUUUUCCCCUAAAUAUUUAUCUUAUCACGCGAGGAUAUAUAUAGGUUGUUGCCAGAAUUUUUCGUACACUUAUAGCCUUAAGUUCAGAUGUUCUUUCUAUGUUCAAGCGGUUGUUUGUUAAUGCCAAUGUAUAUUUUACCGUUGUACAUUAUGAAACUUUUGUCCAAAUAAACAUUUAACUUUUUUUAA